AGCCCUGCACAGAUUUCUUUGAAUCGCUGGUUUCCUCCCAGAGACUCUUGACACUCUGCCAACAAAACAGGGCGUAGCUCAUUAAUUUUAUUUUUUUUCCUUCUUCUCUUUAAAGGCAGUCUGAUUCAUAGUAACUCCUUUAAAACAGAGUGGAAAGACACCACCCUCCCACACCACCGGAGGAAACUUAAACCAGCACCAGGUCACUCCCCUUCACUCCAGCUCUGUGCUCCAGGACGUCGGCACUGCAGCCCGGCACGCUCCUUCUUCCAGAGGUGCAGCCCCAGCCCCAGCCCACACGAGCUCUCUGUAUCAGUGACUCCACCUAGAAGAGACCCAAGAUGUUGGUGCUACUGGCUGGUAUCUUUGUGGUUCACAUUGCCACUGUCAUCAUGCUCUUCGUCUCCACCAUUGCCAACGUUUGGAUGGUGGGUUCUUCCAACUAUGGAACAAUCUCAACAGGACUCUGGCUGCUGUGCAACAAUACCUGCUCUCAGCUGCCAGUUAGCAGUCAAGAUGAGGCUUCCCUCAAGGCCGUGCAAGCCUUUAUGAUCCUCUCGAUCAUUUUCUCCGUUGUGGCGCUCGUCCUGUUCAUUAUCCAGCUGUUCACCCUGGAAAAAGGCAAACGUUUCUACAUGACUGGAGCUGUCAUGCUGGUUUGCUGGAUGUGCAUUCUGAUUGCAGUCUCCAUUUACACAGCUCGGUUCACAGACGCGGUGGCGUACUCCACAAAUCCUCACCAUGGCUAUUGCUUCAUAUUGGCCUGGAUCUGCUUUUGCUUCAGUUUCAUCAUCGGCAUCCUCUACCUUGUUCUUAGAAAAAAAUAAGGUUGAUGGGUGUCCAGGGGAGAGGGUUGGCUACUGGGAGUGGGGAAGAAUUACUCUGCUGAGAGAACUGUUGGGCCAAUAGACAAAAACACCCACCAUCAUCACCACUGCCAUCACAGAAAAAUCACUAACAAAGCUAGAAUCCUCAGAAACUCCUUCACCAAAGAGAGGGAGAAACAACUCCUACUGAUCUAGCACUUCUGGGACUAGAAAUCUGCAAGUGACCCAGACAGCUCUUCUCCUUUUCUGCAAAGUUGUGCCAUACCUUCACAAAGCUUCAGGCUCAGCAGUGAUGAUUAAAGGGCACCACAAAAACAAGGGCUAUAUCUUUUUCCCUUCCUAGAGCCCUUCUCACUUACAUUGGAGUGUGCCUUGUGGGUUGGGCAGUGAGGAUUAUGAUCCCUUUAUUUAUCCAUUGAUACAAAUGGGAUGGGCCUUUUGUUACAUUUAUAUAUAUAUAUAUAUAUAUAUAUAUGCACAUAAGUGAACGUUAAAGACAUUAAAUCGAUAAAAUAGUAGAAAUUGGAUUAAUUUUGUAUUAAAAUAUCUACAAAAUUACAACAAUACAACAGCAAUUUUUUUUGCUGUUCUGUUUUCUAUUUGAUAUUCCCAUGACUGAAUAAGAUACAAGUAGGAAUGGCAAAUAUACAGUCAUGGAUGAUGGAGGGAGCGAGAGAGACAGAGAGA